AUGAAAUUUGACAGCAUACUUUCAGAAAUCAAUGGAUUUGGAAAAUUCCAAAUCAAGCUAGUCUUGAUUCAGAUGAUCUCUCGGAUGACUCUGCCGUGUCACUUCCUGCUGAACAACUUCAUGGCUGCUGUUCCCUCUCACCACUGCAAUAUCAGUGCUCUGGAGGAUGGAGCCAUUUUUGGAAAUUUAACUUUACCCCAGAAACUGGCUGUUGGUAUACCAGCUGAGCAGGACGGGACUCCGAGCUCGUGUCACAUGUUUUCAAAGCCCCAGUAUCAAUAUCUGUCAGACUCAAACAGCACUGAGGCCACAUCUCCCGUAAAGUGUCAGAAUGGGUGGGUGUAUGACAACAGCACCUUUAAGUCUACUUUGGCAACAGAGUGGGAUCUUGUGUGCAGUAGAAAAGGGAUGAACAAGGCAACAGCCACCAUUUUUUUCAUUGGUGUGAUGACUGGAGCCCCUGUAUUUGGGUUUCUCAGUGACAGAUUUGGGCGACGGCCGCUUUUGCUGGCAUCUUAUUUAUUGUCUUUGAUGUUUGCAGUGCUGAGUGCAUUCUCCACAUCGUAUGUAAUGUUUGUCAUCAUGAGAUUUUUUACGGGGAUGUCACUCGCAGGGAUAAGUAUCAUCUCUAUUGUUUUAAAUAUUGAAUGGUUUAGCAUUGAUCACAGGACUUUCUCUGGUGUAAUCAUAAGCCUGGAUUGGACACUUGGGAACUGGCUUAUGGUUGGACUGGCAUACUGUGUGAAUGAGUGGAGGAUGCUCAUUCUGGCGGUGAGCUCUCCCCUAAUUCUGGCCACUAUUGCUUGGAGGUGGUUACCGGAGUCUGCAAGGUGGCUCGCAGCAAAUGGGAAAGCAGACGCUGCUCAUCAUUACAUUAUGAAAUGUGCUGAGAUGAACAACACAUCCAAGUGCAUGGCCAACAUCACACCAAUGACACUGUUGGAGUCUACAGAAACUGAGAGUGAAAAUAAGAAGUACACUAUUUUAGAUCUUUUCAGGACCCCAGAUAUUAGAAAAAUUGCUAUAUGCUCAGGUAUAGUGUGGUAUGGAGUUGCAUUUACAUAUUAUGGGAUAAGUCUGAACAUCUCCGGGUUUGGACUAAACCCAUACCUCACACAAUUUAUAUUUGCAUCCAUUGAAAUGCCGAUGAAGAUCGGUGUGUAUUUCUUACUGGAGAAAAUUGGUAGAAGGUUUAGCCAGAUGACAGCCCUGCUGGGAGCCGGUCUUUUUCUCUUCAUCAACAUGUUUGUUUCAAGAGACAAGUGGGUAAUUCGUACCGUCGUUGCAGUUCUUGGAAAAUCCAUGUCAGAGGCCUCAUUCACAAUCAUUUACCUCUUCACUACUGAACUCUAUCCUACAGUCGUACGUCAGAAUGGUUUAGGCUACACCUCGUUCAUAGCACGGCUGGGCGUGUCCGUUUCCCCGCUCAUCAUGCUAUUGGAGGACGUGUGGCAUCUCCUCCCUGCAGCCAUCUACUGUGCAGUGGCAGUCAUCUCUGGUUUAGUGGCCUCACUCCUGCCUGAAACAUUAAACUCCCGGCUGCCAGAGGUCAUUGAAGACAUUGAGAAACCAAGGUGAAGAGGAGCUGGUGUUGACAUGAGACAAUCAACAAGAAGGAAGGAGACUGAAUAAAAAUCCCACUCAUCAACAGUGUGAUCAUGUUAAUAAAUGAAGAUGAGUUCAUUUUGAAAUAAGACUUUUAUCAUGUUUUCCACAAUACCAUUGUUUCCGAUCCCAAUUACUACUUGCACCCAAAGCAUGUCAACCUGCAAUAAGCUAAAUAAGAACACAAUUUCUCGUUUUAUUUGAAUGAGACAGCUUAAGGUGCUGUGACGGUUUUGCAUAUGUGGGACAUUUCAUUGUCAUAUGUUGGAAGAUAAGCAGACAUUGAUAAUAAAUGGAGUUGGUAUUGACACAUUCUUGUGAAUAUAGCAGUGAAAUAACAAAACACAAUGUUGGGUUCUAAUGACGGUUUCCUAAAUACCUACUUAUUCUGUGUGAAUAAUCACAUCAAAUGAAUGAAAAUAGAUUGUACUUGUGUAUGUUGAUAAAAAAGAGAUAAUCUGUAUUGCAAUAUUCUCUCCUGAACUUGGACUGAAUGUGGAAGAUAUCUCUCCAUUGUUGACUGCCAACACAUGCAACAUUAACUAAUUAGCACCCAAAGUACGGAUAAUGUCAACAGGAAUAUCAGUUUUGUAGGUAUUUCCAUAAACCAAAAUACUGAAUAAACUUGUUUGGAUUCAUCCUUUGA